AUGGCGGACCCGCUGCCGCCUCUGCUGACGUACUGUGAGGGUGGCGACCUAGAGGCGGCCAAGGCGGAGUUGCAGGCGACAACUGCAGGGUGCACAGUUCCUGUUGACGACCGUAGGGCUCCAAAGCCAUUUGCAGGCGAUGUGAAGAAGCUGCUCAAAUUGAGAGAUCCGGACCGCAGGCAGCUGGGAGAUGGGAGAUCCGGGGAGUUGGCGGUCUUUCUCAUUGCUCAAGGGGCCAAUGUGAACGUGGAGGACCACCUGGAGGACGAAGAGUCUUGGACCCCUCUGCACAGCUGCGCCUCCCGCGGCGCGGGCGCGCUGGUGGCGAAGCUGCUUGAGGCCUCCGCGGAUGCGGAAGCGCAGACCUCGAGCGGCGGCGCAGCGCUGCACUUCGCGGCGUCGAAGGGGCACGAGGAGGCAGGGAGAUGGAAGUGGAGCAUCCCCUAUUUGUACGGGACCACAUCCCCAUGCAUAUCCAUCUUCGCGACGGUCGAUGAAACUCGGCCAGUGCCGUGCGAGGUCUUGAAGCAGCUCGUUGCUGCAGGAUACACAGGCAUCAGCUUGCGGACACUCCGUCGGGAGGAACUCCUCUUUUGCGCGCAGCGGGCGCUGGGAAGUUUGCUAGAGGCCCAGGCAGAUGUCCUUUGUCGAGACCGUGCAGGGGAGAAUGUCUUCCACAUCGCCAUCAAUGGACAGCACCUAGAGAUGUGCGAACUUCUCUUCGAACGUGAUGAGGCUGAACGGUUGAUGAUCCAGGAGAACGAGGAUGGGAAGACAGCAGCGCAGCAACUCGAAGAACCGGCUUCGUCUGGAGGAUGGACGAAAUACUUCGGUUUGGUUUGGUUUGUGCGAAACUCGAUCGACGACCGGAGAGGGGUGGUCAACUCGAUCGACGACGAAAAAGCGUUGGAUCCGCCCGAGGCCUUCGACGUCCGCUCCGGUCCAGGCCUGGCGAUGGCCCGGAGGCCGGGGUUGAUGAAGCGCAGUAGCCUGGACCUGUCUCCGCUGUACAAGGCGGUCGCGGUCGCGGUCGGAGCCUUCCUUCACUUGGUGGCUCCGCCCUGUAUCUUCCUUUGCGUGCGGCGCCCGGGCGAGCGACAGUGGCCACAGCAGCGACAGCGACGUUUGGUUGACCAUGCAAGGAACGGGGUUCGGACCGAGGUGACGGCGCUUUUGAGUUUCCACGUCCACUUUCAGCUGGGCCUAGGCACCUGGCUGCUGGCGCUGGUGUCCCUGUGGCCCUAUCAGCUGGCACGGAAGAGCGAGGCUCGGGCACUCGAGUUCCGCCUGGACCGGACCUGGCCACGCUUGAGCCUUGGAUUGGGCGUGUGGAUUGAGGGUGGGCAUUUCCGAGACCGGGAGUUCUGGAAAGUUCUGGGAAGGAGCCAGCUGCUGCACGGGCGCCCGGUCCGAGGAAGCUCCCUUUUAUGGCCGGCCUUUUCGAUCUUCUCUGCAGACAACCAGGUCUCUAUGACAAGUUUUCUUGAGCCGUACCUGGCGCUCGGCUUCGUUCAGUCUUGGACCGCAGCUGUACCUGGAAACCUUCUUCCGUUCCGCGGACCGGCCGCCAGCGCAGCCAUCAGUUUCAACCGAAGAGCCCUCCGGCACACCGGAGCGACAGAGCUUCCCCAACCGACCUCGCGUACUCCCGACCCACCGACCUCGCGACCUUCGGGCUGGGACUCGAAGCGCUCCGGCCGCUACGUACGGCGCUCUGUUCGGGUACAGCUCGAAGAGAUGGACCUUCCGACCUGGACGAUCCGAAGCCGGGUCAUGGGAGAUGGAGCACGGAGCAUGGCGGAGCAUGGCGGAGCAUGGCGGAGCCGGAGCACCGGCACCAUGCGGAAGAGUUACAGCAGUGGAACGCUGCAGAAGACCGGUCAGGCCACAAUCACCAGUCCGAUGGCCGCAGAUCAUGAGAUGCCAAAGCUCCCGAAGUAUCUCAACGUCACAAACCUCACCAAGUUCCGGAAGCUGCCUUCCAGCACGGGAAACUUGCAUGGUUGGUUGGCUGAGGACUACAGUCAGAUCAACUGGCCCCUGCCCAAGAUGUUCGGCAAGGAGAAAUAUGGCUAUAGUAUGAUCGACAUCGAUGAUCCGCGCUACAUCAAGGAGUGCGCCCAGAUGUCGCAGAAGUUGAUCCGAUUGCACUAUGAUCAGCAGAUCAUUGACUACACGUGGCGGAACACCUACAAGGGCUUGUUGACGGCGGAGCAUCGCUUAGCCACCUUGCCACACAACAAGUGUCCUCAGAAGACCGAGGACAUGAUGAAGAAGGAGGUGGACUCCUGCAUGAAGCAGCUCUUGGAACUCCAGCAGCAGAAGGACAUGUACGAGCAGCAGAUCAAGGAGAUCUAUGAAAGAUGUGAUUCCAUCAAGGCAACCAUCAAGAAGGAGAAUGAUUUGGAAGACCUCCGGAAGACGAUGGAGAAGCAGACGAAGGAGAAGAUCUCCAUCGACUCGCCAUUUUGGAAGGCUAAGUUCAACAUCCGCUCGGUGAAUGCGCCUCCCAGGUCCGGAUCCCUGAGCUUCGACUGA